GCGUCGUCGACAUUCUAGGCAGUUUACUGUAUGACCAUGGGCUAUGCAAAGAAGAACAGACGACACGGCAAAGAAGACUCGGACAGAAUGACAUUGACAGACGGUGACUCGUUGGAGGACACCGCUCGGGUGGAGCCAACGACCUCGUCGUCCCGGCCAUCUCUUGAGACCAGCAGUGGCGACGACAGAGUUGCUAGCUCAUCGCCGCCAACGGUUGGCUCGCCGGUGCAAGGCGAGCCAUUGCAUUCCACGCAUGCUUCGGAUGCUCCCAUGCCGUGCAAUGCAAACGAAGAUGAACAUCAUGUUGUGUCGAUACCCCCUCGAGUCCAAGUGACUACUGGUACUUCAGACACGACGACCGUCCCCGUGGACUUGGUCGAAUGCGACGACACCAUCGACGAAGACGACUACAACUUCCGCCUCAAGUACCGCACCGAGAUGACGUGGCAGCUCGUGUACUUUCUCAUAUGGAACCUCCUCGCGCGGCACUCGUGGGGUCUAUGGAUCGAAUUUGCCGGCGUCGUCCUCGCCUACUCGGUCGUGGGCGUCGCUGGCUCGCUCAAUCCGAAGCGGUACCCGGCGUCGUGGUGCCUCUGGUCCGUGCGCUGCUACCUCUGGCUCAACCCCCUCGUGCAAGUGUACAACGCGCUCUGGUUUGGGCGCCUCUUUUUCCUCGACAACGUGUUUUGGUUCACUUACGUGACCAUGCUACUGAAUUUUGGGGUGCUCUACUGCGGCUACGUCAGUGCCAGCGAAUACUAUGACAACGACCUCGUCCACUUUAUGCAGCGGCACUUUGCUGCAUCACCAUCGUCUGGUCCUAAAGUCAACGGCGAUACAGACAGUAGUGUAGCCGUGGACGUGGGAAUGUUACAUUUGAAUUGACUUGUAACCGAUGUAACCGAAACAUUAAAGUAAC